CCGGUUUUUCUUCCGCGUUAAUAUUAACUUGUAUACAGUCAAUGGCUUUAACUGACCAGCCGCAAACUUGUAACUCCACGAAGAAGAGUUCGACAGCUGGAAGAAGGACGUAAAAAUGGCUGGCUCGAGUUUCAGAGACUGUCAGGCAUGGAGGGCAGAAGGCCUCGCGCUGUCCACCACCAGUAAUGAGGCUUGCAAACUGUAUGACGCCAUACUCACGCAGUAUGUGAAAUGGCGCAACGACGAAACCGUGGGAGGAUUUGAUGGAUGCAUUUCUGCAAUCAAGGCGGCCGACCCUAAUUUUGUUAUGGGCCAUGUGAUCAGCACCGGGCUGGAGCUGGUUGCAACAACAAGCAGCACCCGGCUGGAUGAGCGCCUGGCCAGCGCUGUGAAGCAAACAGUGGAGCUUGCAAACAGCCAAGACCUCUCCCCCAGAGAAAGGCUCCAUGUCAAAGCUAUGGAGCUUUUCUCACAUGGGAAUUUUCCAAAAGCCUGCGAUACAUGGGAAGAUAUUCUGGUGGAUCAUCCCACUGAUAUGUUGGCCCUCAAGUUUUCCCAUGACGCUUACUUCUACAUGGGAGCCCAGACCCAGAUGAGGGACUCGGUGGCGAGGGUGCUUCCCUACUGGAAACCACAUAUGCCUUUAUCUGGCUAUCUAAAAGGAAUAUACUCCUUUGGUCUCCUGGAGACUCGCUUCUACGACCAGGCUGAGAAAGUGGCCAUGGAGGGCCUCGCUCUAACCCCGGACGAUGCCUGGUCCGUUCAUUCCGUUGCCCAUGUAUAUGAGAUGAAGGCAGAGGUGGAGAAAGGCUUGAAGUUCAUGGAGGCCAGAGAGAAAGACUGGCAGGUGUCUGACGUGCUGGCCAGUCACAACUAUUGGCACUGGGCUCUGUACUUCAUAGAGAAGGAGCAAUAUGAAGCCGCUCUCCAAAUAUACGAUUCUCAGGUCCUGAGACGUUGUAAAGCCUCGGGAUCCAUGUUGGACACUGUCGAUGCUUGUUCGAUGCUCUGCAGGCUGGAAAUGGAGGGCGUGUGCGUGAAGGACCGUUGGCGGGAGCUGCUCCAGGUGACGCAGCCGCACACCGACGAUCACGUGACCCUGUUUAACGACCUCCACUUCCUCAUGGUGUCACUGGGAGCGAAAGAGAGCGGGACGAGUCGGCGUCUGCUGGAGGGCCUGCAGGAGUUGGCUAAGGAGCCAGGGGACAAUCAGCAACUUCAGCUUGCUGGAACUAUAGGUGUACCGAUGUGUCAGGCCAUGAUGGAGUACGACCAGGGCAACUACAACCGAGCCGUGGAGAUAUUGUACCCUCUGCGCUACCGCGUUGUAGACAUAGGGGGCAGUGAUGCACAGAGGGAUCUGUUCAAUCAACUUCUUAUUCAUGCAGCCGUGAAGUCAGAGAAUAAGCACCACCAGAAGCUGGGGAGAUGUCUUCUGGUGGAGCGCGAUGCCGCGAGGCCGAACUCCCCCCUGACCCAGCGUCUGAUGCAGAGAGCUCUGGCCCUUCACAACUAGAGUGACUGUGAGGUGCACAGAGCACUGUCCAUGCAAAAAACAUCAAAACACCACUGUUAGCUCAUGUACCAGUGUUUGGCUUCGGUCGACUUCGUCGAGAACUCGCAAGAGCUUUACACACUUGUCAGAACAGCUGAUAGCCAUCAUAAACAUUUUUGACUUCCAUAUUAAAUGAAUGAUCAGUGAAGAAACGUUUAACAGCUGGAAUGAAGUCAGUGUUUAAAUGUAUGUAAAUCAUUUUAUUAGCUUUUUCUUGAUUAGCUUAAGUUUAAGUUGCCUUUAUUACCACGAUAAGUAGCCUUAAUGUACUAUAUUAUCACUUCCUUUAUGUGUGCUGAUUUUUCAAGCUAAAAAAUCGAUGCUUCUAAUCGACGUAGACUACGCAGAAUUAGUUUUAACUGAAUUUUAUUAACACAUUUAAAUGAAAAAUACUCUCAGAAUCAAUGUCAAUACAAAAACCAUGUUUAAAAACCAAUAAAUACACUUUAUGCCAUU